GCACCAGCAAUGCUACGCGGGGACAGAAAUUUGAAGAGAGACGUUGUUCUCCACCAGGAUGUCUAUGAAAUGGAUUUCAGUUCCUCUGCUGCUACGGCUGGCUUGUUACUUCAGCUCUGGGAGCUGCGGAAAGGUGCUGGUGUGGCCCACAGAAUACAGCCACUGGAUCAACGUAAAGGCAAUGCUGGAUGAACUUGUCCACAGAGGCCAUGAAGUGGUUGUUCUGGCAUCUUCAGCCUCCAUUCUUGUUGAUCCCACCAAAUCACCUGCUAUUAAAUUUGAGAUUUUCCCUACAUCUUUAACCAAGGUUGAAUUUGAGGAUUUAUUUGGACAAAUCGUCAGUAGAUGGACAUAUGACCUUCCAAAAGAGACAUUUUGGACAUAUUUUUCACUAAUGCAAGAAAUUAUGUUAAAAUAUAGUGAUUGUAUUGAAAAGCUCUGUAGAGAUGUAGUUUUGAAUAGAAAACUUAUGACCAGACUGCAGGAAUCAAGGUUUGAUGUCGUUCUUGCAGAUGCCGUUGGACCCUGCAGUGAACUGCUGGCUCAGCUACUCAACAUACCUUUAGUGUACACAGUUCGUGCUUCUGUUGGCUACACAUUUGAAAAGUACGGUGGAGGCCUUCCUUUCCCUCCAUCCUAUGUACCUGUUAUUUUGUCAGAAUUAAGUGAUAAAAUGACAUUCAUAGAGAGGGUAAAAAAUAUGUUGUAUUUGCUUUAUUUUGACUUUUGGUUCCAAACAGUUGAUUUGAAGAAGUGGAAUCAGUUUUACAGCGAAGUACUAGGAAGACCAACUACACUUUAUGAGUUAAUGAGGAAAGCUGAUAUGUGGCUCAUUCGAACCUAUUGGGACUUUGACUACCCUCACCCACUCUUACCCAAUGUUCAAUAUGUUGGAGGCCUCCACUGCAAACCUGCAAAACCUCUGCCUAAGGAAAUAGAACAGUUUGUCCAGAGCUCUGGAGAGAACGGCAUUGUGGUGUUUACUCUGGGGUCAAUGGUCAGUAACAUGUCAGAAGAGCGAGCCAAUGUGAUUGCAUCAGCCCUUGCCCAGAUUCCACAAAAGGUUCUGUGGAGAUUUGAUGGCAAAACACCAGAUACCUUAGGGCAGAAUACUCGGCUGUAUAAGUGGAUCCCCCAAAAUGACCUACUUGGUCAUCCAAAGACCAAAGCCUUCAUAACUCAUUGUGGAGCCAACGGCAUCUAUGAGGCAAUCUACCACGGGAUCCCGAUGGUGGGCAUUCCUUUGUUUGCAGAUCAACCUGAUAACAUAGCUCGCUUAGAGAUCAAGGGAGCAGCUGUCAGACUGGAUUUGGGUACACUGUCUAGUACAGAUUUGCUCAGUGCAUUGAAGAGAGUCAUUAAUGACCCUUUACAUAAAGAGAAUGCUAUGAGAUUAUCAAGAAUUCAUCAUGACCAGCCAAUGAAACCUCUCGACCGAGCGGUCUUCUGGAUCGAGUUUGUCAUGCGCCACAAAGGAGCCAGGCACCUGCGGCCAGCCUCCCAUGACCUCGCCUGGUUCCAGUACCACUCCCUGGAUGUGAUUGGGUUCCUACUGGCCUGUGUGGCCACUGCUCUAUUUGCCAUCACAAAAUGUUGUCUGUUUUGUUGCCGGAAGUUUGCUAAAAUAGGAAUGAAGGAAAAAAAGGAGUAGUUGUAGCUGAGGCCUGAUGCUGGGAUGACCCACAGAUGGGCCUCCUCCAGUUUAUUCCAGCAAGAAGCUGCGAUGUAAGGUUCCCUUCCUCCUGUGAUGAAACGACUUUUCACAAUUUAGCUUAUCAGAUCAAAUUUGUUUUCAAGGGAUUUACUACUUGUUUAAGAGUUAGAAAUAUGUCAUGCAAAAGAGAAAAAACUAGCAUAAAAUAAAACUAUUUUUCUAAUUUGAAAGGUAUACCAAUAAAAGUAAGCUUAACUAAGUUUCCAACCAUGCACGUGGACACAAAAGCCUUAUUCACACCAUCAGUAUUAUUGUGCAAAAAUUCAGAAUAUUUUAAUUUCCUUUUGGUGCAGAAUUUGAUGAUUUUAUCUUUUGCUAAGGAGAGCAUUCAAUAAUUAGAAUUCAAUAAUAGAUAAUUUUUAUUGUGCAUUUGUCCUCAGCAACACUCCUUAACUAAGUUUGUGGAAUUAGAAAUAUAACAACUGCAACCUUCUUCUGUGGCUCCAGGAGGAAGGCGGUCCCCCACCCUGGCCUAGUUCUUUAUGAACCUGUUGAUAAUGAAGAAAGACAUGGAAAAGGGAAAGGGUUUUUAUUUGUCAUGGCUCAGUCUCUCUCACAGCACAGCCCCACAUCCUUCAUCUCUGGUCCCACUAGCAAGGUAGUUCCACCAUCCCUGUGAUCAAGUUGUGUGCUCCCCUUAGCCCUGCUCCUUCCGGGAGGAACUCCAUGGGCAGGUGUCUGGUGACUGAUGGGCAUCUGACCAAUUACACCCCAGGAAAGGAGGGGAGAAGAGAAUGGCCAUUUUCUCUCCACCCCUUGCUCCAGGCCAGCCAUGAGGGACCACAGAGGUAAACAUUAUAUUGAUGUGCAAACAGGCCCUUAUAUGCAUACUACUAUCAAGGCCAGGUGGGAUAUUUUGCUUGAAAACUUCCAUUUACCCCAUAGCUUCCUAUUAUACAAUAAAGCUGUGUGAAAGUCUUUGAUUUCAUGGCCUAAUUUUCUUUUCCUCAUGAUCUUUAAUAAUAUUCACUUGGUUGCUUUCACUGUCACAUUCAGCCUUAGAUAAUGGAUGAAAGGUCUCAAACGUAGAUU